AUGAAACAAGAAAGUUGAUGUUACUCACUCUCUCCAUUUCUCCAUUUCUCUACUGAUUCUUGUCUUUUACUCCUCUUAAUCCCCUUAUUUUAGUUUCCUUCUUGUAUCUCUCCAGAAACCAGGGAAAGGGGGAGGAGCUUCUGUUCACUGCAAUUUGCAUCAAGUACGCUUCAUCCCAUCCAGGAGAACAAGAACACCCCUUAGGAUGGCUCAAAUUCUUUCUGUUGAAAACCCAGUGGUUCAGCCGCAGAAGGUGAUAAUUCCAAACAAACAUGGGGAAAAGCUUGUGGGGUUAUUGCAUGAUACUGGGUCUAAAGAAAUUGUAGUUUUGUGCCAUGGUUUCAGAGACAGCAAGGAUGAGGAAAUUAUGGUGAACGUUGCAGCUGCUCUAGAAAAUGAAGGAAUCAGUGCCUUCCGUUUUGACUUUGCUGGAAAUGGAGAAAGUGAAGGUCAAUUUGAGUUUGGUAAUUAUUUGCGCGAAGUUGAUGACUUGCAUUAUGUAAUCCAACGCUUCAAUGGUGCAAACCGUAUAAUAACUGCAAUUCUUGGGCAUAGCAAAGGAGGCAAUGUGGUGCUUCUAUAUGCUUCGAAGUAUCAUGAUGUCAACACAGUUGUCAAUGUUUCUGGCCGCUAUGAUUUGAAGAGAGGAAUUGAAGAACGCUUGGGAAAAGACUUCAUGGAAAGCAUUAAAAAGGAUGGAUAUUUCGAUUUCAAAAAUAAGACAGGUUAAGAUAUGUUCCUGUGUGAGCAUGUGUGUGUUUUGGAUAGCCCUCAACACCAUUACUAACUGGUUUUUUUUUCCUUUGCUUCAAAGAGCCUAAUCACCUGAACUGAUCAUCUUUCUUGUUUUGAAUUGUGGAAGAAAAUAAAAUAAGCAUGCAUGUAUGCUGACAAACAAGUUUAAUCAAUGCUUCAGACUUGUAUGUAUUUUCAAGCAACACAGUUUCACCACUUGGUUUAUUAUCUUGUAUUUGUAGGAGUUAUUCAAUAUCGUGUAACCAAGGAAAGUUUGAUGGAUCGCCUUAGUAUAGAUAUGCAUGAAGCUUGCCUAAAGAUUGAUAAAGAAUGCAGGUGAGGAAGCAGAUCCUUCACCAAUUUUGUGAUGAUUACAUAACAUAGUGUAAUUUUCUUUGUUAUUAACUAUCCUUCAACUAUCAAUUUUAUGAUGAUUACAUAGCAGGUGAGGAAACAGAUCCUUCAAUUAUCGUUUUCUUCAGCUAUUUGUUGAUUAUCCAUUUUUAUCAUCAAAGUCUCGGUUACUACCUAUUUACUUUCAUUUUAUUUGUGUAUCAGAUUGUUAGUAUGCUUAGCUGAUGCUGUCAGGGAUGCGAACAUGCUAUGUUAUCUCUAAUGAUCCAGAUCCUGGUUUUUUCAAAAUUAUCAAGGGAUGAUAUUGUACUUUAUUUGACUAGUAUUGUGUAUGUACAGGGUCUUGACGAUCCAUGGAACUGCUGACCAAGUAAUCCCAGUUGAAGAUGCAUUUGAGUUUGCUAAGAUCAUACCUAAUCAUAAAGUACAGAUUGUAGAGGGAGCAGAUCAUUGUUACACAAAGCAUCAAGCUGAAUUAGUCUUGGUUGCUGUAAAUUUUCUAAAAACAGCCCUACAGGAAGACAAGGGUGCUGCAAAUUAGGUGUCUCCUGGAAUGCAACCAUGAUGUUAUGGGAUCUCAAACCACGUGGGGAGCAUUACAAGAUAAUGUCUAGUAGGAUCUGAAGUUCUCAGUAAUUCGGUCAGGUUUCAGGGAAAUUGAAUGUUUUAUAUAUGUUUACAAGUAAUAGAUGUAUGAACCAUGAUUUACAUUCUGCAUGGAAGCCCUAAUACAACUUUUGUUCAGUGUGGUGAUCAACUUGUAGCGGUCGUUGUUGCAUUGUUAAG